CUGCGGGACUUUUAAACAGCGUUUCUUGACUGUGGGCUGAGUUAAAAAAUCCAGACUGUCCCAGGAAAACCGGGACUGUCAGGCGAGUACUGCAAGCCAUAGAAUUAUUGUGUGCAGACCCUAUACCCUCUCCUUGAAUGUUGAGAGACUGGAAGAAAUGGAAGAGGAGCAACUCCGAUACAGCCGCAGAUUGAGGCAUACACUGCGUCGCCGUUAUGAAGAUGAUGGAAUAUCAGAUGAUGAGAUUGAAGGAAAAAGAACUUUUGAUUUGGAGGAAAAAUUGAGAAGCAGCAAGUACAACUCCAACUUUAUCACCUAUAUGGAGGGCAAAGAUUUUAACAUGAAAUUUAUUCAAGAAGGAGGACUCAGGGACCCAAUCAUUUUUACAAAAUCUGAAGGACUUGGCAUCAAAAUGCCUGAUCCUAACUUUAGUGUGAAUGAUGUCAAGAUGUUUGUUGGGAGUAGGCGUGUUGUAGAUGUUAUGGACGUCGGGACUCAGAAGGGCAUAGAAAUGACAAUGGCACAAUGGGCAAAAUACUACGAGACACCUGAAGAAGAGAGAGAAAAACUAUAUAAUGUGAUCAGCCUGGAGUUUAGCCACACUAAGCUGGAGAAUCUGGUACAGAGGCCGACCACGGUGGAUCAGAUUGAUUGGGUUGACAAUAUCUGGCCAAGGCAUCUAAAGGACAGGCAGACUGAAUCCACAAAUGUAAUUCAAGAGAUGCAAUAUCCCAAAGUACAAAAGUACUGCCUCAUGAGUGUUCGUGGUUGUUAUACAGAUUUUCAUGUGGACUUUGGUGGCACAUCCGUGUGGUACCACAUACUCAGAGGAGGCAAGGUUUUUUGGCUAAUACCUCCUACAGAUCAAAAUCUGGAACUAUAUGAGAAUUGGCUGCUGUCGGGAAAACAAGGUGACGUCUUUCUUGGGGAUAGGGUCACCGAGUGUCAGCGCAUUGAACUAAAACAAGGCUACACAUUUGUUAUUCCCUCAGGAUGGAUUCAUGCUGUGUACACACCUCAGGACACACUGGUGUUUGGUGGGAAUUUCCUGCACAGCUUCAACAUACCAAUGCAACUUCGUAUAUACAGCAUCGAGGACAGGACAAGGGUACCUACAAAGUUCCGAUAUCCAUUUUAUUAUGAAAUGUGUUGGUAUGUGCUUGAACGAUAUGUCUACUGCAUGAUGCGACGCUCUCAUCUCACAAAGGAGUUCCAAAGGGAGUCUCUGAGCAUUGAUUUAGAGCUUAACGGACGCCAGAGACCUGACACUCCAUCCUCAUCAUCUUCAUCAUCCUCAUCUGGAUUAUCGUCUUCCUCUGAUAAUGAUGAUUCCUCUGAUCAAGAUUGGGAGGAAGAGGAAGGUCUGAGAAAGAGGGAAAGAGAUAGAUGCAGAGUGGAGCGAGAACUUCAGAGGAAAAGGAACAGGGAUAGGCAACAAAGAGACCAAGAAAGAGAUCGACAUGGGCGUACUGAGAGGAUAAUUAUCCAUACUCUACCUGCUUCCCUACGUCCUUUAACUCCACCACCUUCUCUUCCGCUGCCAACACCAGAUUCACCUCCCAGCACCUCUCCCUUCCUGACAUGGUUUGAAGUUGAAGGAUUACGCUGUCUUGUGCUGAAACUUGAAUCCCUGCCACCACUUAAAAAGUGCCUACCAGAUGGUAUCCAUGACCCAGAAGCUCUUAUCUUUGAUAUCAAGAGACUUCUUGAGGACCACGCUCAUGAUCCACCUGAGCUUGCGCUCACUGGCGUUCCAAUAAUUCAGUGGCCCAAGAGAAGUCAGUAUAAGGUUCACCUUCGGCCCAAGAUUCAGUUUACAAAACCUCACACCAUGCGUCCAGCUUCCCGUCACUCCACAGCUCCUCCUCGGACGUCAGGCACUCCAUCUGGUACUACAGCUUCUUCUGGAGCUCGAAGGCGCCGUGUCAGGUGUCGCAAGUGUCAAGCUUGUGUCCAGCGAGAGUGUGGGACUUGCCACUACUGUAAAGAUAUGAAGAAGUUUGGAGGGCCAGGCCGUAUGAAACAGUCUUGUGUACUGAGGCAGUGCCUUGCGCCCAGACUGCCCCAUUCGGUGACCUGUGCCUUGUGUGGUGAAGUGGAUCAAACAAAUGACACACAGGAUUUUGAAAGAAAGCUGAUGGAGUGUUCAGUUUGCAAUGAGAUUGUUCACCCAGGAUGUCUAGAGAUGGAUGGUGAAGGACUGCUAAGUGAUGAACUUCCGAACUACUGGGAGUGUCCCAAAUGUUAUGAGGGACAGAAGCACACGAUGGAGGCAAAUCACGACCGCAUCUUACUGCACAGUAAACGUAAAGCUGCUGACAACUACGAGAGCAGUCAUUACUAUCCUGCCAAAGUUCUUCGGCCUCCACUGGGUCAGAGCCCCCCAUCCCCACCUCUUCUUUUGCUCCCACCCUCCCCUUCAUCUGCUCCACCCACACCACCCUCUGCCCAAACACAAGUCCCACUUGCAAGCCGAGAAGAGCGAGCCAAGAGGCGCCAGCUUGCUAGAGAGAAAGAGAACCACCCAACUGGAUGUGAUCAGUCUGAGGGAGAUCGUUUGAGGCUUAGGGGGCCCUAUCUCACUGUCACUCUUCAGCGUCCACCAAAAGAAUUAAGCUCCACUUCCAUUGUUCCCAAGUUACAAGCCAUCACACCUAAUCCUCGACAGCCUAUACGCGCAGCACCACUACAUCAGGAUGAGGAACGAGAAGAAGAAGAGGAGGAGGAGGAAGAAGAAGAAGAAACAGAGAAUGUCAUGCUAGGUCAAAGAAAAGACAGCACAUCAAUGCAGAAAGAUGUUUGGCUUUCUGUUUUCCAUUACCUCACACAUGAAGAGCUUUGCAUCUGUAUGAGAGUCUGCAAAGCUUGGUACAAAUGGGGCUGUGACAAACGUCUCUGGUCGAGGAUUGAUGUUAGUCGUUGUAAGUCUCUAGUACCACAGGCUCUCAGUGGCAUUAUAAAGCGACAGCCUAUAUACCUUGACUUGAGCUGGACAAAUGUGUCAAAGAAGCAACUUAUAUGGCUUAUCAACCGCUUGCCAGGUCUGAAGGACUUAAUCCUUGCUGGUUGCACUUGGUCUGCUGUCUCUGCCCUUGCUAGCUGUAGUUGUCCCCUUCUGCGUACUCUGGACCUGCGCUGGACAGUUGGAAUCAAAGAUACUCAGAUUAGAGAUUUGCUUACACCAGCCUCGGACAAAUCAGGACAUGAUUCUCGCAGCAAGCUACGCCUGCUAACAGAUCUGCGCCUGUCUGGCCUUGAUAUUUCUGAUGUUACUUUGAGGUUAAUCAUACGCCAUUGCCCACUUCUGUCUAAGCUUGACCUUAGCCACUGUCCACUGCUUUCUGAUCAGUCUGUAAACCUCCUUACAGCUGUAGGCUCUUCUACAAGGGGAACUCUCACUCACAUACACUUAGCAGGUUGUAAAGGGGUAACAGACGAGUCUCUUCUAUAUCUGCGACGCGCCACUAAUCUGUCCCUUAUUGACUUGCAUGGUUGCAAGCAGGUUACUCGGGGAGCUUGUGAGGAAUUUAUUUCAGACCUCUCUGUGAGCACCUUGUAUUGUUUAUCAGAUGAUAAACUCAUCCAGAGGAUCAGCUAGAGUGAAAGGACCUGUUAAAAGGACCGGAAGUAGUUAUCUGCUUUCUCCUGCCACUCCAUAACAUACAAAGAAGGAGCAAUAAUUGGUAUCUCCACCUACAUCAUUUACCAUCUACAGUGAAACCAUUGUUUGGUCCAAGGAAGUGUGCCAUUAAAACGGGUAUAUAACUAACUCUGGUUGCCCUAGUGCCCUAAUAGUUGGAGGAGCACUUUUUUCCCUUAAAUGCUGACAUCAAUAGAACCAGAUUUUCAUCUCCACAGAGCAAAGAACACUCUAUUUUUCUUACUCUUAAUUUUUGCUUAGUUCACACUCUCCUUAAGGCUGGUCAGCAUGGAGAGCAAGGGUGGAGGAAGGUUUUGUUUUUGUUUGUUUUGCUUGUUAGGAAUUUGUGAGAGAGAAUGUUCUGCUAAUGUUAUAUGGGUGUCUGAUGAGUUGUGUGUUUCAUUAUAUUUUGGAGAGGAAGGAGGCAGCUUUUGUGAUAGAGUUAAUAUUUUUUUUUAUUAUUAUUAUUUAAUUGAAUUGUAGCUUUUUUUCCAUUACCUCUCAUACAGAGUACACACAUUCAUUUACCCUUAACAGUAAAUUUAUUUCAUGCAACCAGUGCAGCCAUGUGUGGAUAUAUACAUAUAUAAAUAUAUAUAAAUGCCGGUAUGGCACACAGAGUGUUAUGUGUGUCAGUGCCACUUAUUUUGGCACAAUCGGCUGUCCUCUCCCUUGACCCUGGGAUUAGAUUGUAUAAAAAAAGAGCCUGGAUAAUAUUUUUCUCUGUGGAGGCGAUCUCGCUUUCUCUUUAUUUCUUUUGCAAUAAAAAAAAGUUUAUGA